GGCACAAAUCUCAGCGGUGGAUCUAGGGUGUUCACCAUCAGUUUUUGAUAGAAUCUUUGAUUAGGAUGGAGAAUUGACUGCGUGUGGCCAUGUGAUGUGCUGGGUCUGUCCUAGGGUGAGGGGAUUGAAGAGCUUUCAGAGGAAUGAGGCGGCUGAUCUGCAAGAGGAUCUGUGAUUACAAAAGCUUUGAUGAUGAAGAGUCGGUGGAUGGAAAUAGGCCAUCAUCAGCUGGUUCAGCCUUCAAGGUUCCAGCACCUAAAAAACCAGGAAAUCCUUCAAACAGUGCAAGAAAGCCAGGAUCAGCUGGUGGGCCUAAGGUUGGAGGUUCCUCUAAAGAGGGAGGAGCUGGAGCUGUGGAUGAGGAUGACUUUUUUAAGGCAUUUACAGAUGUUCCUACUGUACAGAUCUAUUCUAGUCGAGAACUUGAAGAAACGUUGAACAAAAUCAGGGAAAUUCUCUCAGAUGACAAACAUGAUUGGGAUCAACGAACUAAUGCGCUGAAGAAAGUUCGGUCAUUACUUGUUGCUGGAGCUGCACAGUAUGAUGGAUUUUUCCAGCAUUUACGGUUGUUGGAUGGAGCUUUCAAGCUGUCGGCCAAGGAUCUCAGAUCGCAGGUGGUUAGAGAAGCAUGCAUUACCGUAGCCCAUCUUUCAACUGUUUUGGGAAACAAGUUUGAUCAUGGCGCUGAAGCUAUUGUGCCUACUCUUUUUAAUCUGGUUCCCAACAGCGCCAAAGUGAUGGCGACUUCUGGGUGCGCAGCCAUUAGAUUCAUUAUUCGGCAUACCCAUGUGCCACGACUGAUACCUUUAAUAACAAGCAACUGUACCUCAAAAUCAGUCGCAGUUAGAAGGCGCUCCUUUGAAUUUUUAGACCUGUUGUUACAAGAGUGGCAAACACAUUCAUUGGAAAGGCAUGCAGCUGUCUUGGUUGAAACGAUCAAGAAGGGCAUUCAUGAUGCUGAUGCAGAAGCAAGAGUGGAGGCAAGAAAGGCUUAUCUGGGUCUUAGAAAUCACUUUCCUAGUGAAGCUGAGACUCUGUACAAUUCUCUUGAGCCGCCCUAUCAAAGAAGCCUCCAGACCUACUUGAAGAAUUCUGGCAGUAUAGCAUCUCUCCCUCAGUCAGACAGGUCAUCCUCCAGCUCACAGGAGAGCCUCAAUCGGCCUCUAUCUUCUAAAUGGUCUGCAGCCAGCCCAGCAAGCCUUGCAGGCAGAGUUUCAGGCACCAGCAAGGGUGUUCCAAGCCCAGGAACUCUGCAAAGGUCUCGCAGUGACAUUGACGUUAAUGCUGCUGCCGGUGCAAAAGCCCGCCAUGCUGCUGGACAGACAGCUGGAGCUGGGUGCUUGUCAGCAGCCGGUCUACCUCCGGGAUCUUAUGCUUCACUAGAGGAUACUUCUGAGAAGAUGGAUGGAACAGCUUCUGAAGAUGGUCGUAUACGAACAAAGCUUUCAACGCCUUCUGUUGGCAUUGGAAAUUCUAAAACAGAUUCCAGAGGACGGAGUAGAACCAAAGUGGUGUCACAGUCUCAGCCUGGCAGUCGAUCUGGGUCUCCUGGAAGAGUUUUGACAACAACCACACUUUCCACUAUGAACACAGGAGUUCAGAGAGUGUUAGUGAAUCCUGCAGCUGCACAAAAAAGAAGCAAAAUCCCACGAAGUCAGGGAUGCAGUAGAGAAGCUAGUCCUUCUAGAUUGUCAGUAGCGCGAGGCAGCCGCAUUCCUCGGCCUAGUGUGAGUCAGGGGUGCAGUCGGGAGGCCAGCCGUGAAAGUAGCAGGGACACAAGCCCUGUCCGCUCUUUUCCACCCCUUGCUUCCAGACAUCACUCCAGAUCCACUGGUGCCCUCUACACUCCUGAUGUUUAUGGGGCUACAGGUACCGGCUUUGGAAUUAGUCAGUCGAGUAGAUUGUCGUCAUCAGUUAGUGCUAUGAGAGUUCUGAACACAGGUUCUGACGUGGAGGAGGCAGUAGCAGAUGCUUUGAAGAAGCCUGUACGAAGAAGAUAUGAGUCCUAUGGGAUGUACUCAGAUGAUGAUGCCAACAGUGACGCAUCAAGUGCCUGUUCAGAAAGGUCCUAUAGCUCUAGGAAUGGAAGCAUACCAACGUAUAUGAGACAGACAGAAGAUGUGGCUGAAGUCCUAAAUCGUUGUGCCAGCUCCAACUGGUCAGAGAGAAAAGAAGGCCUUUUAGGCCUGCAAAACUUAUUAAAGAACCAGAGAACUUUAAGUCGUGUUGAGUUGAAAAGGUUGUGUGAAAUCUUCACAAGAAUGUUUGCUGAUCCUCACAGUAAGAGAGUGUUCAGUAUGUUUUUGGAGACACUGGUAGACUUCAUCCAGGUCCAUAAAGAAGAUCUGCAGGACUGGCUGUUCGUGCUGCUGACGCAGCUGUUGAAAAAAAUGGGUGCUGAUUUGCUUGGGUCUGUACAAGCAAAAGUUCAGAAGGCACUUGAUGUCACAAGGGAAUCUUUUCCAAAUGACCUCCAGUUCAGUAUUUUAAUGAGAUUUACUGUUGACCAGACCCAAACACCUAGCCUGAAGGUCAAAGUUGCAAUCCUUAAAUAUAUAGAGACUCUUGCGCAACAGAUGGAUGCAGGAGAUUUUGUAAAUUCAAGUGAAACUAGGUUAGCAGUGUCUCGAAUCAUCACCUGGACCACAGAACCUAAAAGCUCAGAUGUUAGGAAGGCUGCACAGUCAGUGCUGAUUUCCCUUUUUGAACUCAACACUCCAGAGUUUACAAUGCUAUUGGGUGCUUUACCAAAAACAUUUCAGGAUGGAGCCACAAAGCUUCUCCAUAAUCAUCUCCGGAAUACAGGCAACAGUGGUCAGGGAUCAAUGGGAAGUCCUCUAACAAGACCUACUCCACGCUCCCCAGCAAGCUGGUCAAGUCCUCUCACAUCCCCAACCAAUACAUCACAGAACACUUUGUCACCAAGUGCAUUUGACUAUGACACUGAAAAUAUGAACUCUGAAGAUAUUUACAGCUCUCUUCGUGGAGUCACCGAAGCCAUUCAGAAUUUCAGUUUUCGUAGUCAGGAAGAUAUGAAUGAGCCUGUUAAGCGAGAUUCCAAAAAAGAUGAUGGUGAUUCGAUUUGCAGUGCUGCUGGAAUAGUAGAUCUACGAGCAGGAAGCGGUGUGGGCGAUACAGGGCGAACAGCUCUUGAUAACAAAACAUCAUUACUCAACACAAUGCCUCCCCACUCUUCACCACGUUCCCGAGACUAUAACCCAUACAAUUAUUCUGAUGGUAUCAGUUCAUUUAAUAAAUCUGCUUUGAAAGAAGCCAUGUUUGAUGAUGAUGCAGAGCAAUUUCCUGAUGAGCCUCCCAUGGACCAUUCUGAUCUGGUAGCAGAGUUACUGAAAGAAUUAUCAAACCAUAAUGAGAGAGUUGAGGAAAGAAAGGCUGCCCUGUACGAGCUCAUGAAGUUAACUCAAGAAGAGUCUUUCGGUGUUUGGGAUGAGCACUUCAAAACAAUAUUACUUCUGCUGCUUGAAACACUUGGAGAUAAAGAGCAUGCAAUUAGAGCUUUGGCAUUGAAAGUUCUAAGAGAAAUUCUAAGAAACCAGCCAGCAAGGUUUAAGAAUUACGCAGAGCUCACAAUCAUGAAGACAUUAGAAGCACAUAAGGAUCCUCAUAAGGAGGUGGUGAGAUCUGCUGAAGAAGCUGCUUCCAUGCUGGCAACUUCCAUUAGCCCAGAUCAGUGCAUCAAAGUUCUUUGUCCAAUUAUCCAAACUGCAGAUUACCCCAUUAAUCUGGCUGCAAUCAAAAUGCAGACGAAAGUAACAGAAAGAGUAUCUAAAGAAACCCUUACUCAGCUUUUACCAGAGAUUGUGCCAGGUCUAAUACAGGGUUAUGAUAAUUCAGAGAGCAGUGUUCGUAAGGCAUGUGUUUUCUGCCUCGUAGCCAUUCAUGCAGUAAUUGGUGACGAACUAAAACCGCAUCUCAGUCAACUCACUGGCAGUAAAAUGAAAUUAUUGAACCUUUACAUCAAGCGUGCACAAACAGGCUCUGGACCAGGGGAUACGACAACAGAUAUGUCUGGACAAAGCUAAUGAAGCUGACAAGAGUUAACCAGGUCUCCUAAAGCAAGGGCAAGACCUUCUUCAGUGAAAGGAAAAUUCUUACAUAUAACUUCUGGAACUUUUUUUCUUGUUUUUUUCACUUUUUUUUUUUCUUUAACCAACGGCUGUCCUCAGCCUGCAUGUGACUGUUGCAAUAGAAUUAUUCCAAAUCCAAGGAAAAACAGUAUUAACAUCAGUUGAUCAAAGCAGAAUAAAAUUUAAAAAUAAUCU